AUGGGUGUUGUUAUGGGAUGUGUACCACCAGUGCCUCCUACCCGAACCAGCAGUAGACUGGAGACAACGUUCGAUUCGAAUUGUGGAGUUGUGACAAAGGAUCUAUCGGGAGGAUCGAUGCUCCUUAUGAAGACGGCGAUGCCCGAGGAAUCGGGUGAUUUGGGCAGAAUUCGACCGAUGGAACCGAUCGUGAUGCGACGGGUACCUGUGCCACCACCCUACUCAGAGGUGGUUCGUGACGGGCGAGUUUACCCACCCGGGCAAGUACCCGUACCCGUAAACGUACCCGCUCAC